AUGGAUAUUGUGCAUCGGCUUCAUUAUUUGGUGUUAUCACAAAAAUCAGAUCUUAUGACUAUGGAACGAGAACAAAGAAGCCGUGUGAGGCGGCAGUCAAGUCUACCUGAUGCAAACAAAACAAGACAGCGGCUAGAGCAAGCAUAUUUUAAUGAUAGGGAGCUGUUUGCAGCUAAAGCUGACAGCAGCACAGUAGACCGCAAGCUAUCGUCUUCAUCAGCCGGAAGUAUGAAGAACAAGUGGCUUAAGGCUUUUAGGAGUUUGAAGCCUCCCAGCGCACCGCCGCCACAUGGCGCUCCAGAUAAGUAA